AUGUAUGGAUUAUGUUAUUUUAUGAACAUUAUAAGUUAUCAUUUUAUAUUAGAGGAAAGUGUAAUAAUUAAAAGUUGUCAUUUUUUUUCUUCAUCGCUUGCUUAUAUCUUCUUUUGA